AGCGAUGUUAUUGCUGAAAUACCCAGCUAGUUCCCCUCCAUCGGAUUUAACGUUCCUUGAUUUAGUCCUUUGUUGAUAUAUAAAAACCAAUCAAUUUUUUUUUGUAACAAAACAAUAAACUCAUUCAACAAAAGCCUAAAAAAGAUCAUUUUUAUAUCGUCCAACGGAUUUUGGUAACGGUCAUCUCACAUUUCUUGCAGAAACCAUGCGCCCCCAUCGAAAUCGACGUACGUAGCAAGGACGAUGUGUCGAUGAAACCAGCCACCAGCCAAAUAAAUCGACCAACAAACCAGGACAACCCGCUCGCUGUGGGUGUGUGUCUCUGACUGUGUGUGUGUUUGGAGAAGGCUCGUCAGACGAAAACGCGACGGGUUCGUUGACAGUGCGUCCGUCGUCCAUAAAUUCCCCACCCAUAUUGCCAACUAGCCUGGGCGAUACCGUCACCACACCACCCAGAGUUCGUAGUAAAAAUGGGUCCGCACCCGCCAGUAGCGCAGUAGUGCAGAGGCUUCCAGCAAAACCGUUCCGUUCCUUAUAUCCCGUGACUCCGUGCAAAUUGUGAACGAUGCAAAAGUGGACAGUGGCAAAGGAUGCAUCCGAGCAGAGCGUAUGAAGCACACAGGCUCGGCACAGUCGACGAAGCACAAUCGCUGUGUGGGGAUUGCAUUUUCUAGUGCAAUCGGGUGCUAGUGUUAACCGUGAGUUCGUCCUUGUCCUGUGAAUGGUGUUCAUUCGUUUUGUGCUUCCAAAAUCAUUAUUUAGACCCAGCCGUAGCGCGUGAUCCGUCCCAGGUGCAGGCGGAAGGAGCAUGCAGUGGAAGGUGGGGCAGGCUCAAAAGAAAUGCAAACUCCCCUCCCAUUAAAACCAAAUCCAAGAAACGUAGUAACCCGUGCAAAAUCUAGCAAAGUUCCGGCGAAUUCUGCCCACGUGGGUUAGGAAGAACCAUCUCCCUCGCAACACGCAUAUCCCGGAAAAGUAGGGAAAAUUCCCUUAAAUUUACGUGAUUGCGUGGUGUCAUUGGAAAAUACGCUGCAGUAUCCUUUUCCUCCCGUCCCCUUGUGUGCGUGCGCGCGUGUGUGUGUGUGUGUUUGUGCAAAGCAGCGAGUCGCGACAGUCACUUGACGUUUGCGACACCCAAAGUGGGGCAGCAGAAUCGAUCAACCACGGUGGGAUACACCUUUUGUUGAUCGAUUUUUCGACGACGGCGAGCUGUCAGGAUAUUCGACGACGCGUGUGGAAACACCCAAAACACAAACACACGCGUCGACGGCAGGCGAGGUUUGAAGGGGAUAAAGAGAGCAGGGAAAAAAACGCGCGCCGAAAAGUGUGACGGGGCACACAGCACGACGCUCCCGUCAAAAUAAACAUUAGCUGUGUGUCGCGCGCGCGGGUCGAAAGUACUCCUUCAGGCUGUGUUGUGUGUUUCCCUUUUAAGUGUGGGAAAUAAAUGUGUGUGUGUGCGUUAUGUACGUCAUUUGGUAGAGGAGUUUGCUUGUGAAGUAAUGUAAAUUGAGAAAGAAAUUAAAACAAACUUACCCAACGAUUGUGCUUCCCUAUUCCUCUGUGUGUGCGUGCGCGUCCCCCCCUCUCAUGGUGCAGUUUUAUUGACAACUCGACAAAGAAGCAUCUUCCCCAUGGCAUCCUUUGUUUGGACAUGUCCGUCCGUUCGUCGUGUGCGUGUGCGCCCCAUUAGUGCUGCAUAAUGGGAAGCUGCAGUGUGCAUCCAAAGCAGACGAAUUAAAGCCCUCUUCCAGCCGCAGUAGACAGUAUGACACGGUAGAAGCAACCGAAACGAGUGAAGUGCAAACAGUAGGUAUAGCGGGUAGCGUUCUUCCCCGCACAGGCACAGGCGUCACGAGGGAUCUGUGCAAAGGCAACUACUGGGCCAACAGCGCAACAAGGCCAGCAAAGAUGCAUUACCGUCACGAGGAUGUUGUGCUGGAGCAGCACGCGAGAAGCGAGAACCACUCGCUCGGCGGUGUUGCCGCCUCCGACGCCAAGUACGAACAGUCCAUCGUGUGGCCGUUUCUUAUUCAGAAUGCGAUGGAAAAUCCGCUCUGCACCACGACCACCUCCACCACGUCGACCGUUUCCGUGCUGCUGUGGACGACGAUUGCAGUGUUCGGGAUUGUUUACACCCUGCUCGGAUAUCGAUGCCUCCGGGCGAUAGGAUUCCUCACCGGAUUGGCAGCCGGAGCCGGAUGUAUUGUGCUGUUACAGAAUAAGAACAUCACCGGGUUUGGAAACUUGGCUGCCCCAGCACUGGCCGUAGUAGCCGGACUGUUCGGUGCAGUGCUCGGCUCGACCCAUCCCAUCUCAUCCACCCUGAUAGGAGCUUCCGCCGGUGCACUAGUGGCCGGCGCAACGAUUGCCGCCUGCAUAGCCACGUUACCUCAUUACAUAUUUGGUGAGAACGAACUGUUCGUAUCGGUCGUUGGUGGAGCUAUCAUUUGUGCGAUCUGCGCACUGUUCUGCCCGAAGUUUACGUCCAUCAUCGCUUCCAGCAUUAUCGGAUCGGCCAUGAUACUGUGCUCGAUCGAUUUCUUCAUGCACGGACUGAACACACUGGACUGGAUCUUCAACAUGAAGCCGGACCCAACGCCACCGCCGUGCUGGGGCGGCGUGAUCCUCUGCUGCUGGCCCAUCUCGUCCGUGCUCGGCGUGCUGGUGCAGUGCUUCGUGACCGCCUGGAAGAUCGACCACCGGCGCCAGCUGCACCAUCGCCGAAGGCGACACUACAAGGGCCGAUCGGGGUCACGAUCGCGCGAAACGCGGGAGGAGGCCCGCCAGCGCAAGUAUCGCUAUCUGUAUCAGGUUCGCACCGCCCGGGGCGAUAUUAUUUCGCAGAACUUUGUGUCCGCCCUGCAGAAGCACGUCACCACCGACUCGGGCCCACCGUCGGAGGUGUCGACGAAGCUCGGCUCGAACGAUCGCAACACGGCCCGCAGCGACCGCACCCAUCUGACCAACCUGCCCGACUCCGACUUCGACAAGAUGGACUCGAGCUGCGAGAAGCGUUGACAGAAGCUGUCGUCCGCCUCGGGCAAGUAGUACCGGGGCCGGUCGGGCGGCGUCGGCCACCGGCGCAGCGAGCGCCUGUACCGCCAGUACUCGAGCCGCAGCAUUGCCCAGGAGAUCGAUCGCGAAAUGGCACUCGCCAUCGGACCGGACGGCCACCACGAGCCGCGCUGAAUUUCAAUCAUCUGUUUACGUUAUAUGAAAGGAGGGGUCUUUUUGUGUCUGUGUGUGGAAAUUAUAGGUUUAAUAUAUACAUAUAGGUGUUUUGCUUUUGCAUUUACCAAUCGGGUCGGGCCGACGUGAGGUGGGGGAGUUAGUUUUUUUUAGAAUCGUGACAAAAAAGCAAACAAACAAACUUUAAUGGUGUUCCAUUUAGCAUUUAGGUGUUUCGUGCCAGAGAUAGGGGGUCGUACCGGGACCGGGAAGAAGCGAUUUAAGGUUGUUUGCUGUGAGGGUUUGCAAAACGAAGGACGAACGAAUGCACAAUUAAACCAAACGAAAAAAAGGUGAUGAACAAUGGUUACCGGAAAAUGAGGCAGAGAGCAAGUAGUAGCAAGAAUGUAUGGAAUAUAAGUGAAAUACUUUAUCGUUUAAGGAUGAAAUGCGAGGGAAAUAAAUGCAAGAAAAAUGAGAAAAAAUGUGCAGAUAAUGAAGCGGGAACAAUGCGUAACUAAGUGGAGAAAUAGUGGACAGGUGCUCGAAGAGUGCUACGGCAAGGUAAAACCAGCGAACGAGAGAGUAGAAAAAAGGAGAGGAUGCGCAAUAGAAUCCAAAGAGGCAAAAGACAGGGACACACACAGCUACACGAAACGUUAUGCGAGAAUAUAUAUAUAAAUCUAUAGUGAAUAAUAAUAAUUUUACAACAAAACAAAUAAACAAACUCAUACACCUUACUCUUACAUUUAUACCAGCUGGUGGUGGUGGUGGUGGUGGUGAUGGACGUUUGUCAGUGAUUAUCUUCCGCAUGAUCUGAAUCUAAUUCAUGAUUUUGAACGUAGUGUACUAAAUGAUUAAAACAAAAAACACAUACACCUUAAGAGGGUUAAGAAACAAAGAUACAGAACUUAAAGCGUAAAACCAAAGCAACAUGCAUGCAAGAAGGAGCGCGAAAAGGGUUAGCAUAUAAAUGUAAGCUUACGAAAGGUUAUCUAACAUAUAAACAAAAAAAAAACAUCACAAACAAGCAGGAGUAAAACUAUUGGCAAGAAAAACAAACUUAAAAGCUCUUAAAUCUUAAAGGAAGGAUGCGAAAAAACGAGCGUGUGUGUUUGUGUAUGGCAUGCAUUUAAAACAGAACUAACUUAAUCAGUUUAAUAAGCCACAGAGUUAAAACAGGAUAAAGCUGGAAAAAGUAUUGAAAUAUUCUAACGAAAGCAACGGCGAGGCAAAGAAAUAAGCAAUGGCACAACAGGCAAGAUGCGAGUAAAAAGAAACAAAAUUAAAAAAAAACACACACACAAAAAA